AUAUUUUUAAAACGCAAAACUUAGCGGAAGAUUUUUAUGUGUGUCCGUAUUAAAAGUCAUGAAAAUACUUUUUCCUGCAGGGUACAAAUGGCAAAUUCUUUCUUUGGUUUUAAUAAUCCUCUAAAUGAGCAGGAGGAAGGCCUGCAUGACGAUUUUGAUUUCGAUUUCGAAGACGAGGAAGAGGAGUACGAUGCCCUGAAUGAUGAAACGUUUGGCGCAGAUGCAUCUGAAGGUGACUGGGAACAUGACCAUGAGAAACUUGUGGAAAUAACUGAAAAAUCUAGGGUUCAUCACAGCAGUUACAAUGGUUCUACAGAUCAUGAAGAUUUGGAACUAGAAGCAGCUCUUGGACAGCUAGUAUUAGAUGAUAUCAACGAUGAUAGAGAUCAUGAGAAAGAUGACAAAGUUAAAAAGGAUAAGUCUUUUAAAAAUAACUUUGUUUACAGCAGCUCGGCUCCCUCAGUUUUUCCGUCACCUUGGUCGACCGAUUCUAGUAUCAAGGAGAGUAGUAAUGCUUUACCAGACCUACCUCCAGGAAAAACAGUACGCACUGUGGAAGAAUUGGAACGCCAGCUUAUAUCACAGAGUAGGACUGCAAACCAAAGGGCGGCAGUUUCAGGUAAACACCUAGAAAGUGUUGGCAAAGAUAUUAAAGGGAAAAUAAUACAUAAUCAGGAAUCAGCAUAUUUAUUGGCUAGGACUGUGGGGCGAGGACAACCUCUUCGACAAAAUGGGGUGGUCAUGGUUCGUCCAUUUUUACAGCAGGCAGCGCAGGGUGUUGGCAUUUUACCUCGUCCAAUGGCUGGCAUGGGUAUUCCACCAGAUGUGAGACAUCUUCAGCAGCAACAGCAAAACAGAUUUCUUGUACCAGCUUCAGAUUUCCAUCUCUUUCCACCACCACCUCCAUUUGUGAUUCGUCAACACUUCCAGCCACCACCUUGUGGAAGAUUGCUAUUAGGACCUUACCCUCGCCAGGGUUUCCACUCUCCUGAUACUUCCAUGUUUCGACCAAUGAUGCAUCACAACAAUUUAUACAAUUCAGGCUUCAGGGACAGACAGUACACCUCUGGUUUGCGACAUCAAGAACCAUACUUUAAACAUCGAGACAAUAGCCAUCAUCAAAAUUAUCGUCCACAUCAAAACUUACACUGCCGUGUAGAUGAUGAGUAUGCUGGCAUGAUGUCCGAUCGCGAGAAAACGUGGCUUCAAAAUAUUCAGCAGUUGCAGUUGAACUCUUCGCCUCCGCACAUAGACGACUAUUACUACACCAUUUUUUCAUCACGUCAGGCAGACAAGAAGAAUGGGGAGAACUGCAGAAACAGAGAGCGGAGAGACAGUUACAAUAAGGAUCAGCAAGGAACUUCGAAAGUUUACACUCCUGCACAGUUUGAGAACUCUCUGGGCAAAUUGCAAGUGGGAAGCGUGACUGCCCCACGGAAGAUAAUAGACAUGGACGUGGUACACCAGGAAGGGGUGGAGAACAUAGCUGUGGCAGCUCCGAGGGACAUGCGCAAACUGAAGCAGAUACUCCUGGAGGUGGAGAGGCUCUACUUGUUGCUGCUACAGUUGGAGGACUUGUCGAGCCCCAUGCCGGAGCUGAGGGAAGCCGUGCAGGACUCGAAGGAAGCCUUGCAGCAGAAGAUCCUCGCCACACUGCUGGCUGAUGACUGGUUUGUCAACAUCCUGUCGUUCCACAAAGGGAAGAAGCUGUUCGUGCGCUUCUUGCGUCACGUGACGGACCCCCACCAAACGUCCGCUCUGUGGGCUCGCCUGCUGGGAGGCCUCGUCGCCAUCGUGCGGUACGACCCGGAUGGCGCGGGUGUCGUGCUCGAAAUGUUCCCUUUCUUCAGCCGCUGGCUCCAGGGGGCCACGCCGACGUGCUUCGCGGAGCUGGCGUCCUCCGUGGUGAGGGCGGAGGAGCAGCGCCGGGGCAGGAGGAGCAUCCUCUCGCUCGUACUGAGCGACCGGUUCGGGGUCUCUGUGCUGGCCGUGAUGCUGGUGCGCGCGCAGUCUCUCUACCCGUCCCUGGACGAGAGCGGGCAGGCAGUGUGGCUGCGACUGCUGCGUCUUCUGGUGGAUGCUGUGGACCUGAUGCCUGAAAAUACGCUCGUCAAGCCACUGCAGUCCGUGGAUGUGUCUGCCUUGACCAACCACUUUGCGAGUUGCGGGUUCGAGCUGACCGACCAGACGCACCAAAAGUUAAAACAAAUUUUUUGUCCUUCUCUUUAG